GGCAUAAAACCGCGCUGGGCGCGCACAGAACUUCUCCUGCGCCUCUUGCUCCUGCAGCGCACGCCGGCUGAAGUCUUCUAAUUCGCCGCUGCCAGCCCGGGACCGUCCGUCCCUCCCUUCGGAUUACAAAGAUGACUUCCACCACCACGAAACGGAGCUCUUCUUACCGCCGCAUGUUCGGGGGCGGCAGCCGGCCCAGCACGGGGAGCACCCGUUAUGUCACCUCUUCGAGCCGCUACUCCUUGGGGAGCGCCAUCCGGCCCAGCAGCGUGCGCCUGGUCUCCUCCUCGCCCGGAGGCAUCUACGCCACCCGGUCUUCGUCCACGCGUUUGCGCAGCAGCCUCCCGGCCAUGCGCCUGAUAGGCGAAGGCGGCGUGGACUUCUCCCUGGCCGACGCCAUCAACACGGAGUUCAAGGCCAACCGCACCAACGAGAAGGCCGAGCUGCAGGAGCUCAAUGACCGCUUCGCCAACUACAUCGACAAGGUGCGCUUCCUGGAGCAGCAGAACAAGAUCCUGCUGGCCGAGCUCGAGGCGCUCAAGGGCAAAGGCACCUCUCGCCUGGGCGACCUCUACGAGGAGGAGAUGCGGGAGCUCCGCCGGCAGGUGGACCAGCUCACCAAUGACAAGGCCCGCGUGGAGGUGGAGAGGGACAACUUGGCCGACGACAUCUUGCGCCUCCGAGAGAAACUCCAGGAUGAGAUGAUUCUGAGAGAAGAGGCUGACAGCACUCUGCAGUCUUUCAGACAGGAUGUUGACAAUGCCUCUCUGGCCCGUCUGGAUCUUGAGCGCAAGGUUGAGUCCUUGCAAGAAGAAAUUGUUUUCCUGAAGAAGCUUCAUGAUGAGGAAAUCCGUGAGUUGCAGGCCCAGAUCCAGGAGCAGCAUGUCCAGAUCGACAUGGAUGUUGCUAAGCCCGAUCUCACUGCUGCCUUGCGUGAUGUGCGUCAGCAGUAUGAAAGUGUGGCUGCUAAGAACCUUCAGGAAGCUGAAGAGUGGUACAAAUCAAAAUUUGCAGAUCUCUCUGAAGCAGCCAGCAGAAACAAUGAUGCCCUGCGCCAGGCCAAACAAGAAGCUAAUGACUACCGCAGGCAAAUUCAGUCUCUCACCUGUGAAGUGGAUUCACUUAAAGGAACUAAUGAAUCUAUGGAGCGCCAGAUGCGUGAGAUGGAGGAGAACUUUGCUCUUGAAGCUUCUAACUACCAAGACACUAUUGCCCGCCUCCAAGAAGAAAUCCAAAACAUGAAGGAGGAAAUGGCUCACCAUCUUCGCGAGUACCAAGACUUGCUGAAUAUAAAGAUGGCUCUUGAUAUGGAGAUUACCACCUACAGGAAACUGCUGGAGGGAGAGGAGAGCAGAAUUACUAUGCCUGUUCAAACUUUUGCUUCCCUGAACCUGAGAGAAACUAACCUUGAGUCAAUUCCAAUCGACACCCACUCAAAGAGAACACUCCUAAUCAAGACUGUUGAAACUAGAGAUGGACAGGUGAUCAAUGAAACUUCCCAUCAUGAUGAUCUGGAGUGAAGAGAGAAUGGCACAUCUUUCCUGUGCAGAAAUGAAUCCUUACCAGCAAGAUUUAAAAGAGAAACAGCUUUCAAGUGCCUUUCUGCAGUUUUUUUCCAGAGCGCAAGGUGGUUAUGCUAGAAGAGAUAGGUCUUAGAUCUUGCAGACUGACUCUUGAUGGAUUAGGAAAGCUUUAAAAAAGGAGUCUAGUUAAGAUAGCAAUAUCUUGUGCUGCAAUACUGUUGAGUUUCUGAAUUGAAUAAAAUGGCUUUUUUCAGCACAGUAUGAGCAACCUCUUACUGCUUCAAUAAACAUUUGGGAAAUGGCUUUGUAAUGUGUUCUAAUUUGUGGCAGGAUAAUGAAUGAAUCUACUUCCAUUGUGGCAUGACAAAUGUCUUGAUGGCAAAAUUAAACACUCUUUCUUUCUAAA